AAACCAAUUGGCUAUUGGAACCCUCUUCUCCUUCUUUACGCACCGUCUGACCAGUCACUCCUUUACCUUUUGUUAGAUCCCGUCGCUCCUUAUGAAAUUCACAGCCUGUUCUGCCGUGGCUAUCCUAGCUUCGCUCAAGGCCGUUUCCGCGGCCUGCUCCCUCGUCGGGGGAAACUACUACUGUGACCAAACCAACGCCGUCUUGUACUCGGGUGUCGGCUACUCCGGCUCGUACCAGGACGUGACCAACAUGGACGAGUCCACCUGCAAGUGUCUGCAGUCUGAGGUGUCGUUCUCCGGCAAUCUCUCACCGUUAGACGAAGAGUUAUCGGUGCACUUCCGUGGCCCGUUGCAGUUGUUGAACUUUGCGGUGUACUACCCAUCUGCGUCGUCCAAUGAGAAGAGAGAGGUCGAAGACUGCACCACCAAGGUGCACGGCCACAGCCACAAAAAGAGGGCCGUCAAGAUCAUCGAGGUCACCAACACCGUGUAUGUCGACCAGAAGGGCAACCCAAUCACCCAGGUCAUUUCCAACACCCAUGGCCUUAUUGCCGGAACCUCUGUGAACACCGUCAAGGUCACAUCCAGUAUUCCGGAUGUAGCUUCCGUCUUAGCCUCGGCCCCAGCUGCCGCGGCCUCCUCUACUGGUGCGACUGUUGCCGCCGGUGCCUGGCAGAGAACCUCCUACUUUACCCCUGGCAGUACCUCCAACGUGACGUUCUUAAACACCUUGGGUGGAUCCGAAUCUGGGGUCUGGUCCUCUUGUUUCGGUAACUCGUUGUCGUAUUGUGCGGCCGACGGUGUCUCCGCCGCGGCCUCGGCCCAGCCAUUGAACCAGGUCACCAUUGGCUCUGAUAUCGAGUACUCCAUCUUCUCCGGCUCGUCCUGCGAUGACUCCACUACUGGCGACUGUGGCUACUACAGAGAGGGUAUCCCAGCGUACCACGGGUUCGGCGGGGAUACUAAGAUCUUUGCCUUCGAGUUCCAGAUGCCAACUGCCUCGACCUCCGACUCAUCGGCCUCCAACUACGACAUGCCAGCCAUCUGGUUGUUGAACGCCAAGAUUCCAAGAACCUUGCAAUAUGGCGACGCCUCGUGCUCCUGCUGGAGCACCGGCUGUGGUGAAUUAGACUUGUUCGAAAUCUUGUCUUCUGGUUCCCAGAAGUUGAUUUCGCACUUGCACUCCGGCCAAGGCAGCAACGGCUCCGCGUACGGUGGUGGUGGUUCCCAGGACUACUUUGCCAGACCAACCUCGUCCUCCAUGAAGGCUGUGGUGAUUUUCAACGGCAGCGCCUCCCAGGCUAAGCUUGUUGUUGUCGAUAACACUUUUGACUUUGCUACGUCUUUGACCGAAGCUACUGUUAAUGCCUGGUUGACCGAAGCCGCCUCUUCUGCCAUCCUUGUUUAGGUUGUUUUUUUUGUAAUAUAUCGAUAUUUUAU